CCUGUCCUCCCUGGACCCCAGCUGCCAGCGGUUCGCACGUGAGCUUCUGGAGCUGGCCUUCGCAUGCGGAGGACUGUGUGAGCGCCUGGUGGGUCUUCUCCUGGACACAGCCGUGGUGUCCACGCCAUUCUCGGGAGGCGCCCAGAGGAACAUUGUUAGCUUCUCUCAUGGACAGUAUUUCUACAACUUGUUCUCAGAAACAAUCAACACUGAACUGUUGAGAAAUCUGGAUCUUGCCGUAUCAGAGCUCAUGAAGUCAUCUGUGGAUAAUCCCAAAAUGGUGAGCGCUGUCCUGAACGGUCUGUUGGAUCAGAGCUUCCGGGACCGAGCCAGCCAGAGGCACCAAGGCCUGAAACUGGUCAGCACCAUCCUGCAGAGCUGGGGGUGCUGCAGCCCGUGGUGGGCCGGGAACGCCACCCCUGACAGCAAAACUGCAGUGCUCACCUUACUGGCAAAAAUUCUGCAGAUUGAUUCAUCGGUGUCUUUUAAUACAAGUCACAGUGCCUUCCCGGAAGUUUUUACAACAUUUGUGAGUCUACUUGGUGAUCCAAAAUUGGAUCUACAUUUAAAGGGCCAGGCCGUGGCACUGCUCCCCUUCUUCUCCAGCCUCACGGGCGACCGUCUGCAGGAGCUCAGACACAUUCUUGAGAAGCUCAUCGUCUCUCAUUUCCCCAUGAGGUCUGCAGAGUUUCCCCCGGGGACUCUGCGCUACAAUAACUAUGUGGAUUGUAUGAAAAAGUUUCUGGAUGCAUUGGAGUUAUCUCAGAGUCCUAUGUUGAUGGAGUUGAUGACAGAAAUUCUGUGUCGGGAACAGCAGCAUGUUCUGGAAGACUUAUUUCAGUCUACUUUCAGGAAGAUUGCCAGAAA